AUGAAAGGCGACGCAGCGCCUUCCGCAGGUUCGAAGCGUCGCGCAGCUAUCGAUAGGCUGGCUCGCUGUGCAGUAGGCGCUGGCGUGCUAAUCACGACCUUCUUGAUGCUAGCAGACAAGCUUGCGCUGGGUCGAACACGGAAAUGGAGCGCCAGCAGAUCAUCAGGAAACGAUUCCCAUUUGCAGGAGUCAGGCCUGAGGCAGGCCAGUCGCGAAGAGUCUGCCUUUGACUCUCCAAGUCUCCAGCAUGGCAGCUUCAAUCGCCUAGAGGCAGUACAGGCGUCGGAAGCAAGGCAGCUGCGCAAGAGAACCAUCGGCCAGGUGCUCGUGCGGUGCGCCAAGGCCUCCUAUCGAAUGUUGCACGCAGCCCAGUGCAGCAGCACAGAUACUCGCGUUGUCGAGCCAGAGCCGCAGGUGCGCAACACGGGCGCGAUCACGAAAUCAGAAUGGCGGGCAGCACUGUACGAAGCUAGGAGUCGCAAGAGCGGCAUGACGGGAGCAAGAACGGUCGCUCUGAUGCAGCUGAAGCGUCCCAAUUCUAUCGUGAGUCCCAUGAUGAUGAGGAUGGCAGCUAGGUCGAGCAACGCCAAAGUGCUGGUGAGCUAAGAUUUCAACGUCCUCUGUCCUUUGCGCGUCUUGCAGGCCACGACGCGCGCUCGUGAAAGACGAGUGGAACGAUUGCUAGGCAUGCCGUCCCCUGCUCGCUUGUCCCGUUUGGGGAGCCAGUCCAAGACCUUCACAGCUCCUCAAACGGGGCAUGUCGACCGUGUCAGACCUGUCAAGCCCGCGCCAGGCACAUCUCUACCUCCUCCGCUUCACAAAGGACAGUCGUCUACACAUGGCCCGCUCGCGCUUUCUUGGCCAAAGGGGCACAUCGACGGCACCCCACAUAUCAAGAAGGAAGUGGACCCCUUAAAAGCUUCGCUAAUGGUGGCUGAUACUGACCGUGUCGAAGAUGCGUUGCUCUUACCCGAGCACAGAGCGCAGGGCUUUAGAGAGGCGCCUGUAUUGCGCUGGGGACAAUUGCAGAUCUACGAUUCUCCGCGAAUCAAGAUGAAAAUCCCUUAG